UCUUCCCCACAUCUACAAUACACCUCCUGCAACUUUUUGGCACUACAAAUUUACACCCCCAUCCCUCACUUUCUCCUCAUGCCCAACAUCCCUCUCCCUUUCUCUCCUCAGACCACUCCAACACAUAUUCUUCACUCUGUUUUCCCUCUGUUCACAUUUCCACUCUUCCUUUGCUUCCAAUUUCAUAAAUUCCAUAUGGCAAUCGUUGUGUGUCAAGGUCCACAAUCAUGUCUUGACUCUAAUCUUGUCGAGUCAAUGACAACAAUAAGACUCAAAUUAUCUUCACCUAGUUCUCAUUUUUCCCAAUCCCUUGAAUUAUCCUUCAAAUCUACUUUUGUUGAUCCCAACACCAAACAGGAAAUGGAAGAAAAAUGUUUUCAUGAGGAAAACAGAAGGAGAAUAAAUAAUUCUCCAACUCCUGAAAUGGGGGGAUGGAGUUUCCUUCAAGCUCUUUCAAUUACUUCCCAAAGCUCCAAAGAGAAAACAGAGGAAGAAAACACUUAUGUUCAUCCCAUGGUGAAGCGUUCUCUCUCGACGCUUAGUGAGAAAAGCUUGGAAUUAUGUACGGAGAAUUUAGGGAGUGAAACGGGGAGUGAUAUCUCAGAGGACAGCAUUUUCUUCUUGUCUGCUUCAACGGAGGCUAAUGGUGUUGGAGUGGUUGAUUAUCCGGUAAGGGAGCAGGUGAAACAUGGACAGCUUUUUGGGACAAAGAAAGCGAUUUCCCGCAAUUUUCCACCACCUCUGACGACCAUAAGUGGAUCGGAAUCUCUCCAAAUGAGGUCCCACCGUGAAGGUGGGCGGCUGGUGAUCAAAGCUGUAAAGGUCCCAUCACAACGCUCUCUCUUUCAAGCUGAAAGAACUCAUGGCCGCCUCCGCCUGAGCCUUUUGAAAGAUUACUCCACUACUAGUUUUGACCCUGAGGAAGCAGCCGAUGGAAAAUGUGGAGAAGUAAGUAUUGAAGACAAAAAGGAAGAAGAGUUUGAAAGCGAUGGGAAUUAUGAAGAAGAAGAAGAGGAGGAGGAGGAGGAGGAGGAGGAGGAAGAAGAUGAGUGGGAGACCGAUGGAAAUAGUUUGGAAAUGGGGGGUGAAAUGGGAAUUGAAAAGUUCCAAAGGGCAGGCAGGUGCAAAGAAGGUGAGCAUGAAAAUAAGGGACUGUUGAAUUGGGAGUCUUGUUGGGUGGUUACAUAACACUCUUUUUCUUCAUAAUCAUACUUCCUUGUAUUGAAUUCCUUUGUUUUUACAAAGAAAACAUGCUUCGUUGUUAUUAUCGUUAUUUGAAGCUGCUGUUUUUCCGAAGUUCAUGUUUUCUUUUAAAGGAAAUGUGAUGUUAUGCAAAUUGCAUUGAAUUGUAUAAUAUAAAUUAUAUGAUAAU